UAGAAUUUCUUAUACACACCAUUAACAAGCAGGUGAAAGGACAUGAGGAAAUACAGCUGGAACAGUUUCAAGGAUUUAAUUUUCAGAAAUCCUGCUGUUGUCGACCAGGACCCACAUGUGGAUGAUGGUGAUGAGAAUACGGAGCGUGGGAACUGGGCCAGCAAGGAGGAGUACAUCCUCUCUACGAUCGGCUAUGCUGUUGGUCUGGGAAAUAUCUGGAGAUUCCCAUAUUUGGCCUACAAGAAUGGAGGGGGUGCCUUUCUUAUCCCCUACUUUGUUAUGUUGGUGGUGGCUGGAAUUCCUCUUUUCUUCCUGGAAAGCGCCUUUGGUCAGUUUUGCAGCCAAGGUCCAAUAAAUGUAUGGAGAGCAGUGCCAAUCCUGCAGGGUGUUGGCGUUGCCAUGACUAUGGUGACUCUAAUAGUAUCAGUUUACUAUAAUGUCAUCAUCGCCUACAGCCUGUACUACAUGUUCGCCUCCUUCCAGUCUCCUCUGCCGUGGUCCAGCUGCCUCAGCUGGGCUGACAGCAACUGCAGCAGAACGCCUACAGUGUAUUGCAAUGUAAGUGGUGUUUUAGUGGCCAACUGGACUCAGGAAAACAGCACUUGUCCUUCAUCCGACAUGACCACAGUUCCAGUGCAGAGCCCGAGUGAGCAGUACUGGGAUCGUGUGGCUCUGCAGAGAUCCAGUGGUCUAGAUGAAACAGGACCAGUAGUUUGGCACUUGGCCCUCUGUCUGCUGCUGAGCUCCACGCUUGUUGCUGCAGCGCUCAUCAGAGGCAUCAAGUCCUCAGGCAAAGUUGUGUAUUUCACAGCUACAUUUCCUUAUGCAGUGAUUGUGAUCCUGUUGAUCAGAGGUGUGACACUAGAGGGAGCUAGUAAUGGGAUAGAGUUCUACAUUGGUUCCCAAUCCAAUUUGACUAAACUGACAGAAGCGCAGGUCUGGAAAGAUGCAGCAACUCAGACCUUCUACUCUCUCUCGAUUGGCUGGGGUGGAGUCAUGACUCUUGCUUCCUACAACAACUUCCACAACAAUAUGUUCAAGGACUCAUUUGUUGUAACACUUACGAAUGCUGGGACUAGUGUGUUUGCAGGCUUUGCCAUAUUUUCAAUCUUGGGUCACAUGGCUCACAUCUACAAAAUGCCUGUUGGAGAAGUGGUGAAGGAAGGAUUUGGCCUGGCAUUCAUUGCAUACCCAGAUGCUCUGUCUAAGCUUCCUUUUUCCCCUCUGUGGUCCAUUUUGUUCUUCUUCAUGCUUUUGACUGUUGGUCUGGACUCUCAGUUUGCAGGAAUAGAGGUGAUCAUCACCUGCCUGCUCGAUGCCUUCCCUAAAAUCUUCAAAUCCAAACGAGCUUUAUUGACUAUAACCACAUGUUCCAUCCUCUACCUCCUGGGCCUGCCAUGUGUCACAAGGGCAGGAAUAUACUGGGUGACUCUAAUCGACGAGUUUGUUGCCACCUGGGUGCUGCUAUUUUUGGCUCUCUUGGAGAUCAUUGGCAUCUGCUACAUAUAUGGAGGGAACCGUUUUAUUAAAGACAUUGAGAUGAUGCUUGGAAAUAAGACUUUCAUUUUCUGGCUGUGGUGGAGAGCAUGUUGGUUUUUCAUCAGCCCCUGCAUCAUUGUGGUGAUCCUGGUCUGGUCUCUGAUGACGUUUAAGUCACCUUCCUAUGACGGAGUCCAGUUCCCAGACUGGGGCUUGGCUCUGGGCUGGUGCAUGGUUGUAUUUAUCCUCCUCUGGAUCCCUGUGGUCACUGUGUAUAAGCUGAUGAAAGCAGAGGGAGGCCCCUGGAAGCGUCUGAAGUCGUUGUGCUCUCCAGCUGAAGAAUGGCAUCCCUACCUGGACGUCCAUCGAGGAGAACGUUACUCAGAAGAACGCUGCCGCCGCAGGAUAAACCUUGAAAACGAACCAGCAGUAAAUGUAAAUGUAAUCUCGAGCUCAUGGCUCUGAUGUGUGUCAUUUUCUUCCCUUUGGUGAAGCAGUGUAACCUAAUCACAGCAGAUUAUCAAUAUCUUAUCUUAUCUUAUCUACGGCUAAUGUGCUCAAACAGAAAAAGAGUGACAUGGGCAUCCCAUUGCUAUCUUCUUUCUGUUAAAAUGUCCCAUCUGCCAAAUGUCAGGUCCAACAUUCUCUUUUCUUUUGACUGUGCUUUGGUUACUACCUUCAUGGAAAAAAAUAUCACCAGUCACACUUUCAUCUCCUGUCCACCAUUUCUUGCUGGGGCAGACAAGUUUGAGUGAGGUCAUGUGUUUACAGUAUUUACAGAGCCAUUCAGGACUCAACCACACAGACCAAUGACCGAUAACAACAAGUUUGUGUGGCUGGAAGCUACUUAGAACAAUAAUAGCAGUGCUUUCAUGUUAAAGGAAAUCCAUUGAUUCAGUGUAUAUAUUAAUGGGGCUGUAGAAUCAGGUAGUGUUUCUUAUUUUGUCAAGGAUCCAUGUCUUUCAUCCAAAAUGUUUAAUGUUCUAUCAGACUGUUUGCAUGUCAGUAAUCAUGCUUGUCUUUCCAUGUCAAGUAUAGCUUCCUGUCAGUUAACUACUGCACGUACUGUGUUCCUCACCUCUGAUAUUCUACAAUAAAUAACUUAUUUCUGCA